AUGAUUGUUGAACAAAUCACCACGAACUAUCAAGAAGAAACGUUUUUACCGUUCGAGAUCCAGCAGCAUUUGAACAGAAUUUUGCUAGAACACAGUGAGGAAAUAGGGAGAGUCGCGGUCGAUGUGACUGGUGAAACAUUAGUCAUUGGAGAUACUCAUGCACAAUUUUCUUAUCUUUUUGCGAUUCUCUGUAACAGCUUAUAUGUUCACGAAAACGGAGGAUAUUUGAAACGGAACGUGAAGUACUGUAAACUGAGAAGUAGUACAUUGUCUAUGAGACGAAAUACAACUUUCAGGCUGACAUUCCUCGGUGACUAUGUCGACCGUGGAACAGAAAGCUUGAGAUGCCUCAAUUUAUUGUUUUGUUUGAGAUUCAUGUUUGGGAAUCAAAUACAACUUCUACGUGGAAAUCACGAGACCCGGAGUAUUAACUUGAAAUAUGGUUUGAAUGAGGUUGUUGACGGGUUCGAAGUGUAUGCAGGUGGACAACUCAUUACGUUGUUUUCUGCGGUGAACUACGGUAAUAAUGAGAGUCCCGCUGCCACACUAUUAUUCAAGUCGAAUGGAGAGAUUAUUGUACAUGAAUACGAUCCACAGUUGAUCCAAGACGAUGAAAGAGAAAAACAGGACUUGAAGUUUGACGAAGAUCUUACUGUUUAUGAAGAACUGGACACACAAAAACCCAUGAAUACAUCUGCAAUCGCUGCUGUUCCUACUGUGGCUGUUAUUGGUUUCAUUGCUGGAGCUUAUUAUCUUAGUGACAAGAUUUCUGCACCUGGAACAGCUUUGAGUGCGACACAAGAUCUUUUUGCUCAAAAGUCAGCAGUGUUCACUCGAGUUGUCAAUGGAAUCUCUAUUAACCAACAGCUUGUAAACGGACCAUUCGACGAAGAUCAAUUGAUGAAGGAGCUGUUUCCGUUGGGAUCCAACAUCUCUCUUAGGCAUUUCGGCAAUUCUACAAUCUCCAAACUUCCUGAUGAUUUCAAAUUGCUGCAAACAGUUAUUGGGAGUAAGUGCACUGGAGACAGCGGAUGUGGGAUUCACAAAAUCAUGAUUGCGGAAAUGAACAAAACCGAAGAGAUGGAUAAAGAUUUUCACUCGUUUGAGAAGCUAUUGAUCGACCCCCAAACACAAAAUGGAACUGUAAAUUUCACGUCUCAAAACAUGACUAUAACUGUUCCAACGGACAGUGUGAGAGGCUGGACGACGAAACUCCAAGAUCUCAAAAAAAUUAUGAAUGGAAAAACAAAGAAUAUGGAGACGUUUUUUUGGAAACAGUUCAAACAAGAAUUGGAAACUACGCAGAUAAGGUAUAAUAAUCUCGUUUCGCAACUAACAAGUGAAUUCAUGGUGGAUAUAAAGUUAAAACUGAAAGAAUUGAUGUUGAUAGGACCAACUUCACAAAUGGAAAAGAAUCUCACAGUUGGCUUUCCAAAUGGAUUUGCUGAUAUGAGACUUGUAUUAUCCGAUCAUCAGAACGAAUGGCUAACGAACCUUCUGAAUUUUGGCAAGGAUUUGAAACAACUGACAUUGAGACUGAAGCCAUUGAAGGAGCUGGUAACAGAUGUGGAACCAAUCUAUAAAAGUUGGAAGGAGAUUGAUUACGAAUCAGCUAGCCAUUCUUUAUUUGAAAUGAACUCAUUUGUGGAUAGCCUAAUUGUUCCUUCAGAAAUUGUUAAAGUGCUCGAAGAUGUUCACAACUGUAUGAGCAACGUUGAUCUAAAUGAUAAAUUCCACGUAGAUAUGGAUGCAUCAAUGAAAAAACUGAAUGAAACUACAACUGAGUUGAACAUAGUCAUAACCCCUAUCAGUGUAUUUAAUCAACCGGAAUCUGUCAAAGCAAUUGGAGAACUUAUCGCCGCCAUAAGAAAUGAUGAAACCGGUUCUUACUCGCGGAUCGAAAAUGUCAAAACAUUCAAUAUAUCUAUCAGUAUUUUGGAAAAUCUUCAUACCUCUUUGAAUGCAAUAAAACUAGAGAAAUUUGAAGAGUCACUUGAUUUUAUCAACACGCUCAAAAGUUUAUUCGUGACACCAUUCCAUAAAUGGAGUGGAAAAGUAGAUUUUCCGAAACUAGUCUCGUGUAUGGGAAAAACACAAUUCCAGAAGAAAAUUGAGAUGUUGAACCUAUCGGCGACGAGGCUCGCACUCAUGACACCAGAGAAUCCUCAAGUUUUAGACAUUGAUAAACUUAUCACUUCAAUUGAAAAGCCCAGUCAUUUGGUUAAAACAAUAAAAAUAAAACUUCCGAAACGGUACCGUCGUCGUCGCGCAACCGAUAAGAUAUUUCUGAAAAACGCAGGAAUGAGUUCGAAAGAUCUUGGAGAUAUCAAUUUGCUUGUUCAGAAACUGAUCAGUGUCAAGAAACUAGAGCAACAUUUGCAGAACUUGAUCAACGGAAAGAAAACUAUAUUUGAUAUCAUUGAAAAGGCCACUGACUCAAUUGAGAAGAAGUCUUUGAAGAUGUUGUGGAACGACAAUACAGUUAAAUCGUUGGAGAAUAUUCUCAAGAUAGCCACAAAACUGGAUGAGCGGAUCAAAACUCAAAAAAAGAUUGAAAUGAUCACCGAUUUCAAAGAUCCAUUCAAUAUUGCUUCUGAGGUUAACGAGUCAAAAGUAGAUACCAAACAAAUGGAGAAAGCAUUACGCGGAAAAGUUCAGGACAAAUUGUUAGCUGAAAGUCUGAAUGCAUUGAAAACGUUGGAUCUAAAGUUCGCAAAAUAUGACAAGACGAAAACUGAGAAAGCUUUAAGCAAUGUGCAGCAGUACUUUGAUUCAUUGUUUGGAAUCAGCAGAGGAGUCACAUCUACAUCUGCACAAACGGAAACUGAUAACACCUAUUAUUACAUUGGUGGGGUGGGUCUAUUCAUCCUUGCUGCUGGAACAUGUGCGGGUAUAUUCUUCUGCCUAAAAAGAAAUAAGAAAAAUGAGAAUCAUACAUCCAACAGUAAAAGCACUGGUUCAAAAAACAGUGACGGCAAAGCUGUCAAUAAAAUGGAACGUGGAUUGGCAUCUACUGGAAAAAGUUCUUUGACGACGGGCAGCAAGUCGACAUCUGUUACUCAAUCAGCAUCCACAGUAUCAACUGCAUCAUCUACUAACACAGCAAGUAAACCCACUCACCCACAGACAACUAAGAAUGCUUCAAAGACAUCUAAAAGAGUGAGAACAUACAGAAAAGGAGUAGAAGUAAUCCCUAUCACAGUUCAAGGUGAUAGAAAUUUUCAGAUUAUUAAAAACCCAGACGGAAAUUUCUUCAUUGAACAUUCAUCUGGUCGGCUAGGAUGGUCUGCGAAAACGCCCAAUCCGAAUAUCGAAGUACCUGAAGACACGAAAAAAGAACUUCCCAUGAAAAAAAUAAAAGAUGCUUUCAAAAUAUUGGACGAAACAAACACCGCAUCCCGUAUUCCUAAGACAAUCAAUGCCACUACGACUACACCUACAGAAACCAAGAAGAUUAAUGUUACACCUUGGACUGAAGCAGUGCUCAUCAAUAGCUACCGAAAAGAGGAACUGCAAGCAAACAUGCAGACAUUAGACCUCAGUAACUGGCAAAGUAAAUUGAAAAAGGAAGUAUUUGUAAUCGGAAAUAGUUUCGACAAUGUCUUGCCCGCGAAAAUUCAGUCCAUUGAAGAACCAUUGAUUGACGCGACUCAAGAGAGUGAAGUUUCGACAAAAGUUUUAAAAACUGCUGAAUCUGUCAUUCCAGUCAAAGCUUCUGGUUCAAAUAUAAAUACCGCUGAAGAAUUUGAAUCUGCUGAAAAUGCGGACUGGGAUGAAAAAGGAAGAGAAGCUGAGACCCAGAUGAAAGAGCUCUUAAGAAAAACCCGACUUGGAUCCGUUCCUCUAAAGAAAUAA